CAAUGUCUCGUCCACACAUCUACCACUCCCAGAAAGAAAUGAAGAGGUCCUGACGAUCUGGCUUGCUCUAAGAUAUGGCUCCUCUAGGAACACUGAGGUCGUCAGUGCUCCUGGCCACUGUCCUACUCCUGUCCUUUCUCUUGAACUUCCUGGUCCUUGCCUCAUCACUUGAUACUAGAACAACACCCAAUAGUGAUCUCCAGACCCUCCUUUGCCUCAAGGCUCAUCUCUCUGACACUGCCGGGCAGCUAGCCUCGUGGAAGAAUGAUUCUCUUCAGUUUUGCAGUUGGGCUGGUGUUAGAUGCAGCAAGACGCGCCCAUCUCGCGUUUUUGCGCUGGACCUCGGGUCGUUUGAGCUCAAUGGCCAAAUACCUGCUUGUAUUGCCAACCUCACUUACCUCGCAAGAAUCCACUUCCCAAAUAACCAGCUUAGUGGUCCAAUCCCUCGUGAGCUUGGCCAACUAAAUAGGCUGCAGUACCUUAACCUCAGUUCCAACCAUGUCAGUGGUUCGAUUCCGGACACACUGUCCUCCUGUUCUCUCCUCCAGAUCAUCGAUCUUGGUGGAAAUUCCCUGCAAGGAGUGAUUCCUCCAAACCUGAGCCAAUGCUUAAAUCUUCAGGAGCUCGUCUUGCAACAUAACAGCCUCAAUGGAGGUAUCCCUGAAGGCCUCGGGAUGCUCCAGAACCUUUCAGUUUUGCAUCUUGCUGGAAAUAGUCUGACGGGAGAAGUUCCCCUUUCACUUGGAUGCAAAUCUUCACUUACAGCUGUUGUUCUGACGAAUAAUAGCCUCACCGGACCAAUCCCAUCUUGCCUAGCUAAUAGUUCAUCGCUUCAAGUACUGGACUUAACAAACAACCAUCUUGAUGGAGAGAUUCCAUAUGCUCUGCUAAAUAGCAGAUCACUCAAAAUAAUAUCCCUUGCGAUGAACAAAUUUGUGGGGUGCCAUACCUUCUUCAUUAGGGAAUCUUUCUUCCCUUAUCAGGCUCUUGCUUGCAUACAACAAUCUUGAAGGUAGCAUCCCCAUGAGUAUAGGUAACAUUCCAAACCUGCAAGCACUGGACCUGACUUACAACUAUUUGUCAGGAACUGUCCCAACCUCCCUUUACAAUAUGUCAACCCUCACAUACCUUGGCAUAGGCGCAAAUAAC